GCGCGGGGACCCCCGGCCCGGCGCGGCGGUUUCAAGCUCCCCCGCGGGCGCGCGGCCGGAGCCGCCGGGGCCGGGGCCGGGGCCGGGGCCGGGAUGGCGGCGGGGGGGGCGCGGGGCCGGGGCCGGGGCCGCUGACAGCCGGUACCGCGCCGCCGCCCCAGCAUGUACGCCAAGGGCAAGGGCUCCGGCGUGCCCUCGGACGGCCAGGCCCGCGAGAAGCUGGCGCUGUACGUCUACGAGUACCUGCUGCACGUGGGGGCCCAGAAAUCGGCCCAGACCUUCCUGUCGGAGAUCCGAUGGGAGAAGAACAUCACGCUGGGCGAGCCCCCCGGCUUCCUGCACUCCUGGUGGUGUGUCUUCUGGGACCUGUACUGUGCUGCUCCCGACCGCCGGGAAACCUGUGAGCACUCCAGUGAGGCCAAAGCCUUCCACGACUACAGCGCAGCGGCGGCUCCCAGCCCAGUGAUGGGGAACCUGCCCCCCGGCGAGGGCAUGCCGGGGGGUCCCAUGCCCCCCGCCUUCUUUCAGGGACCUGCGGGCUCUCAGCCAUCACCCCACGCCCAACCUCCGCCCCACAACCCCGGUGCCCCCAUGCUGGGGCCGCACAGCCAGCCCUUCAUGUCCCCCCGGUACCCUGGUGGCCCCCGGCCCCCGCUCCGGAUGCCCAACCAGCCUCCCGUGGGUGUCCCCGGCUCCCAGCCGCUGCUGCCCAACGCCAUGGAUCCGGCCGCGCGGUCACAGGGACAUCCUGGCAUGGGGGGCCCGAUGCAGCGCAUGAACCCCCCACGAGGCAUGGCCGGCAUGGCCCCCCAGACCUACGGCAGCGGGAUGCGGCCCCCCCCCAGCUCGCUGGCCGGCCCUGGCAUGCCCGCCAUGAACAUGGGCCCCGGCGGCCGCGGGCCCUGGCCGAACCCCAACGCCAACUCCAUCGCCUACUCCUCCUCGUCCCCUGGGAACUAUGUGGGCCCUCCUGGGGGCGUUGGCCCCCCCGGCACCCCCAUCCUGCCCAGCCCCGGAGACUCCACUAACUCCAGUGAGAACAUGUACACCAUGAUGAACCCCAUUGGGCCCGCAGGGAACCGGCCGAACUUCCCGAUGGGGCCCGGACCCGAGGGGCCCAUGGGUGGCAUGAGCACGAUGGAGCCACAUCACAUGAACGGAUCCUUAGGCUCCGGGGACAUGGAUGGGCUGCCAAAGAGCUCCCCCAGUAACCUGGGGGCCCUGAGCAACCCCCCCGGCACCCCGCGGGACGACGCCGAGCUGAGCAGCAAUUUCUUAAACCCCUUCCAAAGCGACAGCUACUCGCCCAGCAUGACAAUGAGCGUGUGAGCCCAGCGCCGAGGCCGCCGACAGCCAGACGCCCACACACACCAGAGAAAAAAUAAUUAAUAAUAAUUACCAACCCCCCCCCCAGCCCCCCCCAAACACUAAACAAAAAAAAAAAAGUGGGAAAAAAAAAUAAUUAGAAAUAAGUCAUGCGACUUAUUUACUGCCCCCCACCCCCACCCCCCCCCCGCCCACCCCACAACCCCGGGGCAGGGACCACCCCAGUGCUGGGACCCCCCCCACUACACCACAGACCCCCACCCUGGGGUGGGGGGGUCGAGGGGCUCUUGUGGGGGGUGUUUUGUUCCCCCAGGGUGGUGCCAGCCCCCUCCCCAAGCACGGGAAGGGGGAUUUUUUGGGGGGUUCACAGCACUGUGCCCCCCCCGCCAUGGCAUGCUGCCCAGCUGGGGCACGUGCACUUAAUUGCACUUAGCUGCAAUGCUAAUGAGCAGUGCCCCCCCCCUCCACUGUCUGGGAAGGUGUGACCCCCUCCCAGUUCUCCCAGUACCCUCCCUGCUGGGCACCCCCCCAUCUCAUGGCGGGGGGGGGGGGGGGCGUAGCCAAUCCCCAGCCCUGCGAAAGCCCCGGGGUGGGGGCUUACCACCAGCACAGCCCCCCCAAUAUGGGUGCAGCCCCCCCAAGCCAGGGGCACCCCAGGCUGUGCUGGGGGAGGGGGGCUCAAGCCAUACCCCCCCCCCCAUAGAGCACCCCCCCCCAACAGCGCUCUAUAGGGCAGGCCCCAGUGCAGAGAGCAGCCCCCCCUGGCAGCGAGCCGGCCCCUGGGGGGGGGUUCCCCGGCCCUCAGCCCCGUCUGCGUGCUCAGCCAGCACUGUGAUCCCCGGCCCCCCCCCCCGAGCGCCAGACCGGGGCCCCCCGCCCCCCCCCAGGGACCACUUGUAAAACUUUAAUAUGAAGGAAUUUUUUUUUGUGUGGUUUUUUUUUUUCUGAUUUUUUUUUUCUCCUCUUUUAUAACAGAAAGGACCUCAAACCCCCACACACCCCCCCACCCCAAACUGCCGCCGCGCACCCCCACUCCCUCCCCUGUACAGCCCCGCGCCGGGGGGGCCCCAUCGUGCCCCCCGCUGAGGUGGGGGGCAGCCCCCAGCCCCUGUAGGGGUAGCGCCUGCCAUAGGCAUAGUCGUUCUGUGUAGGGACCCCCCCCCUCCAUUUCUAAUCCCCAGCGCCUUUAGAGCCCCUGUUGCUUAUCAAAACAAAAUGGGGGACCCCCCCCCAAAAAAAAAAAAACAACAAAAAAAAGAAAAAAUAUUAAAAAAAAAAAAACACAAAAAAA